AUGGUGCAGCGCCGCGCACAGUUCCAGCCCAUCGUGCGGCCCUCCACAGAAGAUGAAAAGCAGUUUGUGCCCAAGCCGCGGCUGCAGGCGCUGGUGAAGCAGGUGGGGCAAGGGAUGCAGAUUGCCAAUGCAAAGGCCACGGAUGAUGCGGACGAGGCUCUGAGGGCGGUGGCAGAAGACUUUAUCAGCGGGGCAGUGUCGUUUGCGGUGUCCAUGGCGCGGCGGCGCAAGGCGGAGGAGAUUGAGCCAGCUGACCUGCUGCUGUACCUGGAGCGCACGUGGAAUAUCCAGGUGCCCGGCUUCUCUAGCAAGGAUGUUAAGCCGUACACGCGGCUGCAGCCCAGCAUGGACCAUCAGCGCCGCAUGGCAGCGGUGCGCAAGGCGAUGGCGGCCGCCGCCAGCAGCAGCACAAAGGAUGGGGGCGUGGCUUCGUCAGCGGCGGUGGCGGCAGGCGUUGGAGCACCGGCAGUUGCCAAUGGCGUUGCUGGGGGGCAGGCACCAGCAGAACCCGGCGCACGGGCGGCUGAGCCCGAGCCUGCCGCCGCCACAGCAGGCGACGGCGGGGAUGGUGGUGCAACAGGAGCGGCGGAGCGCUCGCCAGCGGGGGGCAAGACCAGGGGCAAGGCACCAGGGAAGCAGCAGCAGGCGGCAGAAGAUGUUGAUAUGCCCAACUUGGAUGCAGCAGCCGCCGAUGGCGAGCCUUGA